ACAAUCUGUCAAAACACGAAAAUAAAAAAAAAUCAUCCCAUCGGAUUCCGCGAGUCCGCAAGUAAAAGUCCUCGUUUCGAUUCGAAAAUGUCCGGCCUGAUCCGGUUGAACAACAGCGGCGGUGCCCUGCUGGUGCGAAAUCUAAUCCAACAAUCAGCACGCAACGCGCGGCUCAUUUCGUCGUCCCAGAAGAACCGUGAGGCGGCCACCAUCGAUGUGAGCAAGAAAGCAGCCGCUGCAAAACCAGCGGAACCAGCUGCUGCUUCUUCGACCAAAAAUUGGGUAAGCUAUGGAUUCGACUACAAGUCGGAGAAGGAAGACCGGGAUUCGAUGCACUCGUCGUUCCUGUUCACCGUGACCUUCUGCCUGGUGUUCGGCACGUUCUACUGGGCCUAUCUGCCGGAUCCACAGCUGCAGGAUUGGUCCCAGCGGGAGGCUUAUCUGGAGCUGAGACGUCGCGAAGCUGCCGGAUUGGAGCCAAUAAGCAAGGACUUCAUCGAUCCGGCCCAGAUUGUGCUGCCGUCGGAUGAGGAACUCGGCGAUACCGAGAUUAUUAUCUAAUAAGGUGGACCUGUGGCUCGAAAGGUGCUGGAGAGUCUUGUUUUCCGGCUGUUAUUGCAUCGAUCUAUUAUGUAAUCAACCCUGCUGUCGAAGAAGCAGUUGUGGGUUAGCCAAAACAAACGUCGGCUAGAGUACUUCGAGACGCGUUUCAACACCUGGAAGGCCUCAGUGAUUGCCGGUUAUAUAUCUGGGCAAGUGGAGAAGUGAAUUUGUUCAAUAAAGGAUUAGGAUUUUUAAAAUGCGGUAAA